AGAAGAAACAGUUUGGCGGAUGCAUUUGGCCGAAGUCUUCCGAAACAUUGAAAGCCAUGGCUGCCUCCAUUGACAGUUUACUGGAGGAACUCGCUGGCGUUGAAAACCCAAUCGAAGAACUUCAGAGUUUAAAAACAGCUCUGUUGGCGAUACCUGUCAGUGCUUUGAAGGACUCAGUGAGCGGACAACGUUUAGAUGUCAUUUUCUCUCUGCUCAACUCCAAUGAGAGGGUGCAGAUUGAGCUGUGCGUUGACAUCCUUGAACGCAUCUUAAUGGCCCUCAGCCCCAUGCAUGUGGUCCAGCACUACAGAGCAGAGCUGCAGGGUGGGUUGACUCAUCCAACUGAAACUGUUAAGAUACUGGCCUUGGAACAGAUUGGGAGAGUGCUUGACGACCCCGAUGCUGUCACUGAAAUCCUCAACAACCAUGACGUCCUACGAGCAGUGAUCCGCUGCAUCAGAGAGGAGAAGAUGGCUGUGGCAAAGCAGGCGAUUCAAUCCUUAACUAAACUGAGCCGCUCCAAGCCUGGAUUAGACAAACUAUUCCAGACUGACCUGCUGCAAGUCAUGAAGGAUGUGAUGGCUACAAGUGACAUUAUUAGAUACAGAAUAUAUGAGCUAGUGGUGGAAAUCUCAUCUGUAUCUCCCAUUUCUCUCGGUUACUGCGCCAACAGCGGCCUAAUUUCUCAGCUGCUCAGUGAACUGACAGGAGAUGAUGUAUUGGUCAGGGCCACAGCUAUAGAGAUGGUGACAACUCUUGCACACAGUCAGCAUGGCCGGCAGUAUUUGGCCCAGCAAGGCAUAAUGGAUAAAAUCUCAAACAUGAUCAGAGGAGCAGAGACUGACCCCUUCUCCUCCCUCUACCUUCCAGGUUUGGUGAAGUUCUUUGGGAACUUGGCCAUUAUGGACAGCCCACAGCAGGUUUGUGAAACCUACCCGGCUUUCCAGAACAAAGUGUUUGAGAUGGCGCUCGAUCCGGACCCUGUGAUGAUCGGGGUGGCUUUGGACACUUUGGGAUUACUUGGAUCUAAUGUGGAGGGGAAGCAGGUCCUGCAGAAAACAGGAGAAAAGUUCAAAGCUGUGUUGUCGAGAAUGAGCCAGCUUGCCAGUUCUGGAUCUACAGAGCUCAGAGUUCGAAGCUUGGACGCCAUAUCGCAGCUCCUCUCACUACAGUCAGAGCAGCAGACAGAAGACCUUCUGGCCCUGACUGAGUCCUGGUUCCACCUUUUGUCCAGCCAGCCCAUGGACAUGAUUCGCAACAUCAGCACUCAGCCGUUUCCAGAGCUGCACUGUGGGGCACUGCGGAUAUUUACUGCCGUUGCCACUCAGCCAUGGGGCCAGAAGUUGAUGAUUAACACUCCUGGAUUCAUGGAGUUCAUCUUGGAUCGUUCAGCGGGUCAGACAAAGGAGGCCAAAGAUGCAAAGUUUGAACUUAUUGAGGCACUUGCAGGUUCAUCAACAGCGGCGGAGAUCCUGGGCACUCAGCAUUACAUCCGUGUGAAGACUUACCUCAGAGAAGGACCUUACUAUGUUUCAGCUGUGGCCUCGGUCAGCACAGAGGGAGCGGAUUGAUUCAAAUACAUGCCAUGGGCUUCUAGUUGAUGCUUAAGUGUUGGAUAAGUGCCUGAGUGCUCUGACUGUGGAUUAAUAUAACAUACUCUGCUAUUGUAAACCUCAGACUCUACAGCAUCCAGAUAAAUUACUUUUGUAAAGGAUGAUUAAAAGAAUUUAGAAACAAAAAGUAACUCAUCUUCAAUAAUUGCAGCUGCACCACACUCCAAAUAUUUAUCAGGCACUAAAACCACCUGAUCCUCAUCUUCAGGCAUAUUCUUUUACUUCAGUUUGUAAGUACUUACAAUACUUAGUGCUUAGAAACAACAGCAAGCCAUUCUUAUUCACACUCAGAAAGCUUGCCCUACAAACCAGACAUCUGUAAUUAAAAGAUAAGAAGUUUCUAAUGAGAGAUUCAGAUUUGAUUUUCUUUCCUCCUUUGAAUUCCCAGCUUUACCAAACUAAAGCUCUUCUUCCAGCUUGCUCCACUUCAGAAACCAAAAAAAAGUUCACAACAAAUAAAAAUGCUGGCAAGGUUGAAUUUUAGUUGAACAAAUGUCAGUGCAAUAGCACCAGCAAAUUCUUGUUUAUUUCCCUAAAAAUAUCUUGUACCUUCAACUUGGCUUCAGUCGAUUAUUUUUUUUUUCUCCUGAAGUAGCUGUGCACAGGAGAGGUCUCCUAAAAAUUACUGCAAAACUCAAACAAGAUGAACUUCUAGACUAAAUGAGUACCAGCACAAGAGCAUGUUGUAUCCACAAAGUUCAGCAGAGACUUCGUGCUAUGUUAAAGUGUUCAGGUGUCUUUACCAACACUUAAGCAAUAAUUCAUUAAAAGCCUAAAUCUGAUCUUUAACCAUUUAGCAGCGACAUACUUAUACAAUUCCACAUCAGUGUCUUUGGAUCCAAACUGGACAUCAACAAAAAAACACAACUCUGCUCUUCAAAUCCUUCAGAUAUCGAAAAGGUUUUUUUUUCCCUGUGAUUUUUUUUUUUGUUGUUGUUUUGUAAUUAAA